AUGAGGAAACCUGUAAUAUCUAGUUCUAGAUUUGAAUGUGGAAACCUAAAAUGUUUCACGAACUCCGAAAAUAUUCGCGAAGUUGUGAGAUGCUCCUUCUACUCCAACCCCUCAUAUCCCUGCAUCCUCCCCACCAACCUAGAGACAAGGGAGGAGGGGGAACCUAUCCAUACAAUCUGUGUUAGAAACUCAUCCAGUCUCAGAAUAUUCUGCGACUCUGGACAUGAUUAUCUCGUAGCUUUACAGUUUGGAGUUCUGAGAUCUUGGAAAUCAAGAUUUGGUCUCAUCUUGGAACGACAGGUUUUGGAGAAAGAGAAUCCAUUUCCGGUGAUGUUCUGUCUCCAACAUCCCUUGGAUGAUCUUACACGGGUGAUCUGGAAGCAAGGGAUCCGGAUAUCAGAACUCACAGACCAAUCCCAACAGAUCGUGUUUACUGAUGUAAAAUCUAAUAUUGUCAUUUCAUACAAUUCUCACACAGAUCUUCACAGUGUAUGGAAAAUACGGUGCGCUAGCCUAGAGGAAGUGGAAGUGGCGCACACACUAUCCCAGACCGGAGUUAUCACUCCUGCACUCUCCGGUCAGAAUACUGAUCUGGCAAACUCAUCUUUCAAAACAGGUAGUGCGUCCCCUUCUCUGGCCUGUACUCCGGCUGUACAGAGAACCAGUAGACAACCAUCCGGAUUCUCCACUCCAACCAACUCCCAUCCCCAUACUCCAGUUCACACGAGACCCUGUUCUCCUAAAUCUCGGCUAAAUUCUCCUCAAUCUACCGGAGUUUUCCUCAGAAGUGGAGUGUCUCCGUCCUUCAGCUCCAAAGUAUCCGCUCGUCUCCUCGGGGAUAGUCCCUGCAGAUAUCUUAAACAAAACCUACCCGCCAUGGACGACGAUCUUGGGGACGCUAACCCUCACCCGUUGGAGGUGGCACUCUGCUUCGAGCACAUCUGGACCGAACCCAGCCGUCCCACUCGGGAGAAGCUGGGCAAAGCUAAGAAGGUUUUCAUGUCCCAGGACGCAGUCGGACAAUCGUUCUUCUGUUUCCUUCUCUCCUCCAACCAGCUGAACCUGGUCAAGUUUAAGUAUGCGAACGAUGACGGUGUCACGAUUAUAUUUGGAACCGUGGAGAAGAUCCCUGCACUGGACGCGGUUCCAGUAGAUGAGUUGAAUAUGAUCCUGGUCCUAGAACCUACGGGAAGUAUUCAGUUACUCAGUGGGUGUAGUAGAGUAGGGAAAACUCUGUUCCCUCCCAGCUCCACCACCCUCCUCUCCCAGGAGAUCAGUGCUCUAGCUAUUGAUAUAAAGGCGGGAGAUCCGUUCUCAGGUUCAGACUUUUGUCUUUCAACUCCAGAACCUUCCACUGUUAAACGUCCUGCUCCGUUUCCUCACAUUGAACCUAUUAUCAACCAUCAAUUUAAAAAGGAUUUCAUAUGUUACACUCCGGUUAGCUUCGACCAAAAUAGUUCUGCUAUUGUAGGAGUCCGAGAUCCGUGUAAUCGACAAGUAACCUUUGUCUACAACUCAGGGACCAUGAUACGUGCAACCCUUCCCCGUGUUGCAACCAGUUUAGUUUCCAAGGGGUUGGAGACGGUUAAACAGUUACUUCCACGUGAGUUAGCUUUGCAAGUUCAUGGAGCAUGGUUCAGUAAACGACAUGCUCCGGGUCCAAUCCCAACACAAGAAGCAGAGUGGGAUAUGUUCUGUAAAUGUAUCCUUGGUCUGUGCGGAUACCAGGUUGAUAAUCUAGAUCUCUCCUCCCUCUCUUCCUCCGGAGAUAUGAAUCAAGGUUGUCCGGGUCCUAAGAAAAGUAAGACUGAAUGUGGGACUGACGGCGAUUGGCAAUAUCUUCUGGAUUCUCCUCAACAUGUUCACUCUGGACACUCGUUAUCCGAGAUACUCAAGUUGCAACAUGUGAUACGUGAACCCUAUGAUACAAAUCAAUCCCCGGGAUCGAAACCUGUCGGAGAAAUUAAUCCAAGUGCACCCUUGUUCUCCUACAUCCCGUCCAUAUUCUGGUCCCUUCAUCUCCUGUAUGAGGAACUUAAACUGGACGUAUGCCUGUACUCCGAACUACCCUAUAUUGCUAACUUAUUAUCCAGACUAGCAUUUGAUCUGAAGCUCUCCAAAUACCUGCACCACUACUGGAAGGAUUUCCCUGAAACCGGUUCUCCUAUAUCUGAAACCCGAGGCAGUCAGCUUAGCUCCGACCUUCUUCUAAAGCUUAAUGUCAGUAAUAUAAUAUCCGUAUCCCCUCCUUGUAUUUAUACACACUUGAGUAAGGUCAUAUUGAACCAAGCCGUCAGUCCAUUCCCAAUAAUAAGCUCUGUAAACUCAUCAAUUAAACUAGUGACCGCCUGCACUGUUACGUUAGGUUCAAGACAGCCUAAUAUGGCAGUUAACCUUGAACUUUACCUCAAACCUCUAUCCCAGCCUGGCAGACCUGCCACCCACCUCACCCCAAUCAUCAUAGGGCGGAGUAGGGAGCAAACCGUGGCUGAGCUUAUCUCCGCCUCUGGCUGGGACCGUGUAAGGAUAUCCAACCUACCAACUAGCCUCGCAAUACCAAUCUACUCCGCCCUGGCCUCCUGCCGUCUGGAUCCUGAUCCUACCUGGAGUGUUCAAAUCCUUGAACUAAUUGGAAGAGAGGAUUUAGCGGAGAACCAGAGUCAGACAGUUGGUGAUAAAUCCUACAGAUGUAUUGAGGAAACCCUGGAUGGGCUGGAAGGGUUGGAUUGUGAAAUAUCUAGACUCCGCUGGCCGAAGGAUUUGAGAACUGUUGAAGCUAGGAGGGUUCUACAAUCCUGCAAACCUGUCGUUGUAUCUAUAGAAAAGGGUCCCGAGGUAUCCGACCAUGAUUUCCUGGAGGAACAGGAAUACUUCUUGAAGAGGAUGUGUGAGCGUACCAUGGCUCUACCUGUAGGUCGAGGUAUAGCAGCCUUAAAGACGACAUCUCCUCUUCCCACCGAGAUGUUGAGUAUACCUCAGCUCUGUUUGACCGGUAAGGCUCCACCAGCUGGAACCAAGGUUGAACUGGCAAGGAUUGAUGUUUCUCAGAAUAUGGAUCAUUGGCCAUCCUUUCAUAACGGGGUUGCAGCCGGACUGAGACUUAAGGCUAACCUGGAGUCCCAGGAGGUUGAUUCAACCUGGAUCUCGUUCAAUAAACCUCCCGGAGCCGAGUCUAGUGCGGAAACGGAGCACGCCGGGUUCCUCAUGGCUCUAGGACUAAACGGACACCUGGCAAACUUGAGCAAGCUUGAUGCAUUCGAGUAUCUGAGUAAAGGAUCCGAACCUAUUAGUAUUGGUUUACUCAUCGGUGUAGCUGCUUCACAUUUAGGAACUAUGGAUGUUUUGGUGACCAAGAAGCUUGCAACACAGUUAGAAGCUUUGCUACUUCCUACCGCAACGGAGCUCCCGCUCUCACACAACACCCAGGUUGCUGCACUCAUGGGAGUAGGGUUGCUUUACGCUAACACUGGACAUCGUCAUAUGGUUGAGGUUUGUUUAAAAGAGCUGGGUAAACCCCCAGGACCGGAGCUAGAAAACUGUGUUGACCGGGAGAGCUACAGUCUAACCGCAGGGCUGUCUCUAGGUCUUAUUACUAUGGGAGAAGGAGAAAACCUUGUGACCGGAGUAUUAGCUGACCUAAACCUACCUGAGUCUUUACAUAAUCAUAUGCUAGGAGGCCCACGGCCUAAACCAAACUCCUCGGCAAGAGAGAGACCGGUCAGUUAUCAGAUCAAAGAAGGAGAUUCAAUAAACAUUGAUAUUACUUCUCCAGGUGCCACGCUUGCAUUGGGCAUGAUGUACUGGAAGUCUGGAAACCAAACUAUUGCAUCCUGGAUGAAUGCUCCGGAUACCUUAUUUCUUCUAGACUUUGUUCGUCCUGAUUUUCUAAUGUUCCGAACCCUGGCUAAAGGUCUGAUCCUGUGGGAUGAUAUCGAACCAAGUGUAUCAUGGAUUGAGUCGCAUGUUCCCUCAGCUAUGCUAGAGCAUUGUCUGGUUAGACCUCCGGAUCAGCCGGCACCCGGAUUAGAGAAUCUGGACUACGAGACCUUGAACCAGGCUUACUGUAACAUUGUAUCCGGAGCAGGGUUUGCUUUAGCUCUCAGGUUUGCUGGAACCUGGAACAAGGCUGCAUUUGAAACCUUGGAACAGUUGACAAAUAAAUUUAUGGCAAUAGUUAAACGCUCAAUUGCUGAGCUGACAGGAAAGGCUGUGAUUGAGCAGACCCUGUGUAUUUUAGUUCUAGCUCAGGGUAUAGUUAUGGCAGGUUCAGGAGAUCUAUCCGUUCUACGGAUCUGCAGAUAUCUCCGAUCUCGGGUUCAUACUUCUACUAUUGUUACCUAUGGGAGUCACAUGGCUGUUCAUAUGGCGGUAGGCUUGUUGUUUCUCGGCGGCGGAAAGUACGGUCUGGCAAACACUCCAACGGCCGUGGCGACGAUGAUCGCCGCUUUCUUCCCAAAGUUUCCAACCCACAGUAAUGAUAAUAGGUAUCAUUUACAGGCACUUCGUCAUCUGUAUGUACUAGCUGCUGAACCUCGGCUAGUCCUACCCCGCUGCACCCAGUCCGGAGAUAUAGUUCCCUGCUCCUUAACCUUGCAAUACGCAGAUACUCCCUGGUACUCUGGACUUACCCUGAGCGUGACUGGUCCGAUCCUGAUCCCGUCCUUGGACCUCCUAACCAGCAUCAGUAUAGAGGACAAACAGUUCUGGAAGACGACCUUCUCCCGAGGACAGUCCUGGGAGAGGAUGCGGAAGAUCCUGGACCAGGGAGGGAACCUGAUGGUGAAGAAGUCCGGUAGGACGAGCAUGAAAGGGUUCCAGUGGUCACUUAGUGAGAACGAUAGGUCUAGGUUAGAAGAGAACCAGUUGUGUCAAGUUUUCCUGGGUCUGGUUCUCAAGGAUACACCUGAGGACUGGAGGGCUAGGAUGGAAACCUUGGUAUCUGUUUGUGUACCUAGAGAUCAACCUGAACUCAUCUCAGUACUAUCCAGCCUAAUCUCUUUACCUAACCUACUCGGUUCCCAAAGAGUCGGACUGGUUUCCCAUCAGCUCCGAUCUAUCCUGAACAUAAGACGGAUUGAGAGGAGAAAUCUGAACCUAGAACCUGAACUUGUCAUCUCCCUGCUCCAGCGUAUUAACUCCCUGGUAGAUAAAUCAUGUCUCCGUCCUGAGCUACACUCCGCUCUUCAUUCCUUCCUUGAUGGAUCCUUCCCUGCUCUAAACCAAGGAGACCGACAGUUACUUGCCUCAAUAGUUUGCUUCAACGAUAUUCCACCCCCCUCCACAAAACUGGUUUCAACACCACAAACAAAGAAUCCGUUGAAGUUGUUCCAAGUGUUAAAACAGAGUCCGAAUCCUGCCUCAUUAUUUCGAACAAUGAUGGUUUCAUGAUCUUUUUUUAAUUUUUGAAUUUUUUAAAUCUUUCCUAUGAUCAAUGAUUGAUUGAAAUUAUAUUUUGCCAUUGGUUUUUUAUCAGUAUGUGCUAAUUAAUCAAUGGCCUAAUUUCAUUAAACAUAAAAAGUUCCUCAUCGAUCUAUGAUCAUGGUUUUCAUCAUUUAACAUAUGCCAUUGAUUAAUGAACAAGGAAUAAUGAUCUAUUGAUUUUGAUCUAUGCCCGGCAUUGUUACAAACAUUCAAUCGUUUCUCCGCCUAUUUUUCGUUCCUCCAGGAAUUUAUCCUGCGAUGUUCAAAUAUUUCAGA